AUGAGUGAAAACUCAAACAUACCAGAAAGAACAAACCCAUUAACACCACACAUCUUAGUUGGAACAUAUGUUAAUUGCAUUCAUACAGAUCCAAGCUAUAUUGGCCCUAAAGAAAUUAAACAAUCUCAAACAAGUCCACUUGUUCAAUUUUUAGCAAAUAAAUCAUAUGAAAAACGCGAUAAGAAGAAAGGCCCAGUUUGUGAGCCAUUACCAUUAAUUUAA